AUGUAUGUGGUGGAUGAAACUAAUAAUGUUGUAUGGAAAUUAUUGAAAAAUACAACAACUCCGAUCAUUGUAGCUGGACAAUUAGCAUCAGCUGGUUCUAGUGCCAGUCUGUUGAAUACUCCUUUGGAUGUUUAUAUUGAUUCAAAUAACAACAUGUAUGUAAGCAAUUGUUCCAAUCAUCGAAUACAAAAAUUUGUAAAUGGAUCAACUAUUGGACAAACGUUUGCUGGAAUAAAUGCAUCAGCUGGCACAGCAUUAAAUCAAUUGUAUUACCCUCGAAAUUUCUGGGUUGACCCAACACAAACAUAUAUGUAUAUUGCAAACAGUAAUAAUCAUCGAGUUAUGCGUUAUCCAAUGAAUUCAACAACAGGUACUAACGGACAGGUUGUUACUGGAGGUGCUGGAGCUGGAAAUACGAAUACACAAUUGAAUCUACCUUGGGGAAUUUAUUCUCUACCAACAAUAAGUAAUUAUUUAUAUAUAGUCAAUUAUUAUGGUCACUCAGUGAUGCGAUGGAUACCGGGUGCUUCGUCUGGUGAGUUUAUUGCUGGUACGCCAGGUGUAUCAGGAUCCACUGCUACAACUUUAAACAAUCCCAUAGCUAUUAAACUUGAUGCUUUUCUCAAUAUGUUUGUUGUUGAGUAUUCGAACCAUCGAGUUCAAAUGUUUUGUCAAAAUAGUCAAACUGCUGUAACAGUUGCUGGUACGGGCACUAGCGGUAGUAGUGCUACACAGCUUUACGCACUAAGAGGUGUCGCAUUCGAUUCAUCGAUGAACAUGUAUGUUAGUGAUGCAGGAAACCAUCGUGUUCAGAAAUACUUUAAACUCUAA